CAAAUAUACGUAUUGCAUUAAUGCACUCAUCCUUAAUCCCUAUAAUUGGGAAGUUAAAUAUUAAAAAUGCAUGUUUGUGGAUUUCAUCCCGAGUCAGACCAGCGGACUGUCGUCAGACCGGGCCGAGACGUCACCAUGCUACGUGGAAAAGGAAGUAGCGAGCAGGCUAACGCUAAUGGGGCUACAAGCUGAGAGCGACCAAAACAAACGAUGACAGCCGAGCAAAGGAGCCGGAAAAAACUCUGAUUAUUUUGCUUUUAAUUGGUGUAGAGUUCUAGAUGUGGUAUUAGAGAUACCUGUGUUUCUACAUGAGAAAUCAUGCGGUUUUGAAUGCCAACUGGCCAGUUUGCGGACUGUAACUGUAUCUGUCCCUUUAACGCUAUGCGUUGGCUGAUUUACAGCUUUGCUAACUAGUACAGCGGUAGCUAGCUAGCGGUCAACAAAGCGUUUCUGGACAGAACAACAUUUGGAAAUUGCAAAGUAUUGUUCGCAGCAGGUUAUCGUUGAUAAUGAAACAUGCAAACACGGUUUAAGUGACUGUACGUUGUGUGGUAACUCUAAAUUUCCCCGUAAGAUCCGUUUCACAACUUGGUGAUAGCUAAGCUAACGUUAGCCUGACAGCCCAAAAUGAGUUGGUUCAACGCAUCUCUGUCCAGCUUCGCCAAACAAGCUUUAACGACAGCUCAGAAGUCAAUCGACCGAGUUCUGGACAUCAAAGAAGAGGACCAAUGGGGUAACACGGUUGUAAUGCCCUUUGAUGAUGUCACCAUACCUGGGAAGCUGUCAUUGAGUGGAGGAUGGGGAAUGACGCAGUGGGAGGCGCCCCCUGAGGAAAAGACCACCACUCCUCCUCCUUCCUCCGAGGCCAUCACUACGCCUGUCACCCGCACAGUUGUGGAUGAAUCCGAAAACUUUUUCACUACCUUUCUGCCUCCCGGAGAUGUACAUGGUGUCUCCAUCACCCAGGUGGUGUCUGCACCCCCUGCUCAGUCUCAAAGGCGGCCCCAGGAGAAGGAAAGGAGAAACAGCGAAGACGCUGUGGCACUAACAGAAGUGGAGACUCAAAAGUCAGCACCUGCUGAUGAGAGUCGUGAGAAUCAGACAGUAGCUGAGAGCCAGCCAGUUGAGCUGGAGUCCGAACCAGCAGCACUUUACGCAGACACCAUCCUCCUGCAGCCACUUUCUCCAUCUUCUUCCAGCGACCUUCCUUGUAACCCUGACAGCGACAAGAGCAGUGAAAAGACAGAUGUUGGCUCUGCAGUGUCUUCAGACACAAAAACGGAGCCGUCACAGACUCCAUCAGAUCACCAGACUGAGCAAGAUACUACAGAUUCACUAGAACCUGCUGCGGUCACUUCUGAACCUAAGAGCUCUCCACCUCUGAGCUCUCCACCUUGUGAUCCUUUGCCCUCCCCGCCACCUAAGGAAGUACUCGUAGAGCAUAAAGACUCAAAGGGGGAGGACCGUCAAAAUGAUACCCCCUCUCCACCAGUCAGCGCUUUCUCCUCAGGAACCUCUACCACCAGUGACAUUGAAGUGCUUGACCAUGAGUCUGUGUUGAGUGAGAGCUCAGCCAGCUCCAGACAGGAAACGGGGGAGGGCAAGGCUGGCCUUCACCUGAUGCAGGGCUCCUUCCAGCUUCUCACUGCCUCCACCUGUGGAGAUUUCCCCCGUCUGGAGGACUAUUCCAAACUCACAGAGAGCUCUGGCUCCUCCUCGGAUGCAUUUGAACGCAUAGAUUCAUUCAGCAUGCAGUCGUUGGAUAGCCGGAGUGUCAGUGAGGUUAACUCGGAUGAUGACGUCCCUGGCAGUCGGACACUGGCGUCCGUCACUGCAGACCCUCCUCUUUUAACAGUGUCGUCAGCCGUAUGCCAGAAGCAGGAAGAUGGAGUGGUGGAGGAUGAAGGAGAAGAGGGCUUUACUGAAACCAUGAUGGAGCAGUCGCUGGAUGAGAUGGAGGAGAGUGGACGGAGCGCUACGCCUGUCAAUAGUGAGCAGCCUGAAGAGUUGACGGAACAGGAAUCUGAGGCUAAUGGCGCUCUGUCUGAUCCCACCUCCAAAGCCGAGCAACAGAUCACUCCACCAAUCACAGAAGAGAUGAAAAGUGUCUCAACAGUUCAGAUUUUGGAGUUUCAAAAGGUCAUUGACGAGCUAUCAGGCCGCCUUGAGAUGAGAGAGUCUCAGCUGUUGGCAGUCAGCAAAGACAAGGCCAGACUGGAGGAGCAGUGUGACAAUCUCAAAGAUGAAGUGAUAAGCCUGAAGGAGGAGAGCUCCACUGUUCAGUCCCUAAAGGAUGAGUUCACGCAGCGCAUAGCAGAUGCAGAGAGGAAGGCUCAGCUGGCAUGCAAAGAAAGAGACAUAGCCAAGAAGGAAAUAAAAGGCCUGCGAGAAGAGCUUUCUACAAGACUUCACUCCAGUGAUACACUAGAGAUCAUCAGAGAGAAGGAGGAGCAGAUCAGAGGCCUGCUGGAAGAAGGCGAAAAGUUGUCCAAGCAGCAGCUGCAGCACAGCAACAUCAUCAAGAAACUGCGCGUGAAGGAGAAGGAGAGCGACACGAGGAUCACCAAGCAGCAGAGGAAAAUCAAGGAGCAGGAGGAGGAGCUCCGGCAACUGCAGCAGGUUCUAGAUGGGAAAGAAGAGGUGGAGAAACAGCACAGGGAGAACAUCAAGAAGCUGAACGCUGUGGUGGAGCGGCAGGAGAAGGAGCUGAGCAGACUGCAGACGGACUCUGAGGAGCUGCAGGAGAACAACAGGAGCCUCCAGGCUGCUCUGGACGGCUCGUAUAAGGAGCUGGCAGGACUUCACAAGGCACACGUCAGCAGAACGAGUGAGGCCGAAGAGGCGGCCCUUAGCAGGGAAACGCAGGCCAAGGAGCAGCUGAGCCUGACUCUUGAGACGGCCCAGGAGGAGGCCAGGAUGCACCAAGAGGCGCUUGCCAAUCAGGUGGCGGACCUGAGACUGGCUCUGCAGAGGGCUGAGCAACAGCAAGCAAGAAAAGAAGAUUAUUUGAGGGAGGAGAUCAGUGAGCUGCAGCAGAGGAUUCAGGAGGCAGAGACGAGGAACCAGGAGCUCAGUCAGAGUGUUACCUCUGCAACACGACCCCUACUGCGACAGAUUGAGAACUUACAGGCCUCAUUGGGCGGACAGACGGCAUCCUGGGAAAAACUGGAGACGAGCAUCUCUGAUAGGCUAGCGGAUGCCCAGGCACAGCUGGCUGUUGCUGUGGAGAAGGAGCGAUCCGCCACAGAAGACCUUCUGUCCAUCAAGUCCCAGCUGGCCUCUCUCGAGUCCCAGAACUCCCUGUUCCGUCAGGACAAGGCCCGACUCCUGGCACAGCUGGAUGCUGAGAAGAACAAGAGAGACAAACUUGAGGAUGAGAGCAGCAGGGAGCACGUCGAUUUGGAAAAUCUGCGAGGAGAACACAUCCGGAUGCUAGAAGACGCCAAGAAAGAAAAGCUGCUGCUGACCAAUCAGUUAGAGAUGGAGAAGAUGAAGGUGGAGCAAGAGAAGAAGAAAUGCUACCUGGCACAUGAGGCACUCAAGGAUAAGGAGCGGAAGACCAUGACUCACUCUGUAGGAGAGCUUCCAGCCUCCUCCACACCCUCCCUGUCCCGCUCUAGCUCAAUCAGUGGGGCAGACACUGCUGCUCUACACACCUCUAUGCUCUCCCAGGAUGACUGUUUAGACCACUCUUUGGGUAACAUGACCAUGUCGAUGACGAUGAGCGGGACCAACCUGUACGAGGCCGCCAGGCUGUCUGGAGGCUCCAGCUUCGUAGAGAACCUCCAGUCUCAGCUCAAGCUCAGAGAAGGAGAGAUGGCACAACUGCAGCUUGAGAUCUCCAGUCUAGAGAGGAGUCGCGCUGUAAUGGCAGAAGAGCUGGUCCGACUCACCAAUCAAAACGAUGAGAUGGAGGAGAUGGUGCAGGAGAUCCCCUCGUUGAAAGUUCAACUCAAGGAGCUGGAGCAGAGGCACAACACUAUCCUGCAGAUGUACGGAGAAAAGGCUGAAGAGGCAGAGGAGCUGAGACUGGACCUUGAAGAUGUGAAGAACAUGUACAAAACCCAGAUUGAUGAACUGCUGAAGAACCAGAAAUAAACCGUUUGUAACUGUGUUACUGUUGGGACUCUCACAAACAAACCAAUCGACCAUCAUGCAUUCACCCGAAAAAGAAUAUGUAGAGGAUUUAGUUUAAUCACUGUGUCAAAAGAAAGCUCAUCAUCUUUAUCCAUUUUAUUUUCAUUAAUUAUCACAUGCUAUAUUUAUGUGGGAAUGUUGGGAUUAUGCACAACAUACAAUAUAUUCUUACAGAAUCAGUAUGAAGGACAGUCACAGUUUGUGAUUCAGGUGUCCAUUGGAAAUAUUUGGCACUUUCUACGAACUUUGCUUUUGGCGUAAUGUCUCAUGUUUAAACCUUUACAUAGUAUUGUAUAAACAGUUUAUAACUGUUGGGAGAUGGUCAAGCUUUUUUGCACUAUACAAAUUCUUCCUUGUUCAUUUCUUAAUGCAUAAUCAGAAUGGUUUAAGAACUAUAUAAAACAAUAUUGUACAGAGAAUUUUAUGUAUCGUUCUUAUGUCCUUCCAAAUCACAGAAUGUGGUGUAGACCGGAGAGUAGUCUGUGAUUGAAAUCCAGUGGGAGAAAGAUUGGAUUUUAAACCUUUUUUAUAAAUAUGUAAAUGAAUAAACAUUUAUUUGGGUGGUGAGAAA